AUGGCUUCCGAAAACCCCACCAAGAGAAUCAAGACAGAUGCGCCUUUGAUCGGAACGCACAAUGGCCACUUCCACGCCGACGAAGCCCUCGCCGUAUCCAUGCUGCAGUUGCUUCCUGCCUACCGCGACUCGCAGCUUGUCCGCACCCGUGACCCUGCCGUUCUGGCUGAGUGCCACACGGUGGUGGACGUGGGCGGCGAGUACGACGACAACACCAGGCGCUACGACCACCACCAGCGCGGCUUCGACGUCGUGUUCCCCGGCCACAAGACCAAGCUGUCCUCGGCAGGACUUGUGUACAUGCACUUUGGCAAGGACAUCAUCACUGCCGUCACUGGACUGCAGGGUCCUGAUCGCGACCUGCUGUAUGAGAAAAUCUACAACGACUUCAUCGAGGCCUUUGACGCCAACGACAAUGGCAUCAAUGUCAUUGCCCCCACGGACCUUGAGAAGGCGGGGCUCGAGAAGAAGUUUGAGGACCGUGGCUUCAGCAUUGCCAGUGUUGUGAACCGCUACAACUAUGGCCCCAAGUCGCCUCUCUCCGACGAGACCAAGACACCAGAGGCCAAGCAGGUCGAGGAGGACAGCCGCUUCAUGACGGCUUCUCGCUUUGUCGGCGAGCAGUUCCGCUACGAGCUCAUUGACCGCGCCAAUUCGUGGCUCCCUGCCCGCCAUCAGGUCAAACAAGCCUACGACAGCCGUCUCAAGUACGAUGCGCAGGGACGCAUCUUGGUGCUUCCCGAAGGCAUGCCCUGGGCUGACCAUCUGUACACGCUGGAGAAGGAGACGCCGCAGCCCGAGGGUGUUGCUCCUCAGGUCCUCUAUGUGCUCUUCCCCGAAGACAAGCCAGAGGGCAAGUGGCGCAUUCGUGCUGUGAGCAAGGAGAACGGCGGCUUCGAGAACCGCAAGGACCUUCCAGACGCAUGGAAGGGCGUCCGAGACGAGCAAUUGGACCAGGUAUCAGGCAUCCCUGGCUGCGUCUUCGUCCACGCCGCCGGCUUCAUCGGAGGCAACAAGACGUUUGACGGUGCCUUGGCAAUGGCACAGAAGGCACUGGAGUUGUAA